CCGGAAGUUCUCGACCUAUCGAGCUAAUUUGAACGAGGGGACUCUUUUCGCUGUGACACAGAAAACAAGCACGGAUGUAAUUUGAGAGGACGCCGGCUUCUCUUCCGGUCUCUUUCCCUCGGCCCCUGUGCGAAAAUGACGAAGGGAACAUCCUCUUUCGGUAAGCGCAGGAACAAGACUCACACGCUGUGCCGUCGUUGUGGCUCCAAAGCCUACCACCUGCAGAAGUCGUCCUGCGGCAAGUGUGGCUACCCUCAGAAACGCAAGAGAAAGUACAACUGGAGCGCAAAGGCCAAGCGGAGGAACACCACUGGCACCGGUCGUCUGAGGCAUCUCAAGGUCGUCUACCGUAGAUUCAGGAAUGGCUUCCGGGAAGGUACCACCCCCAAGCCCAGACGUGCUGCGGUGGCCGCUUCCAGCUCCUCCUAAAAGACACAUUUUUGUUUGAAUAAAUGUGACCAAUAGACAAAGAUCA